AUGAAGAACCAGUCAAGGGAGAUAGAGUUCAUUCUCAUGGGGCUGACUGAUGACCCAAAAUUGCAAAUUGUGAUUUUUAUAUUUCUUCUUCUAAACUAUAUGUUGAGUGUGAUAGAGAACUUAUCCAUCAUCCUCCUCACCUUGCUGCAUCCCCACCUCAAGACCCCCAUGUAUUUUUUCCUCCGAAAUUUCUCCUUCUUGGAAGUUUCAUUUACAACAAUCUGUAUUCCCAGAUUCUUGGUAACCAUUGUGUCUAAAAACAGAGUCAUUUCUUACAACGGUUGUGCAUCUCAGUUAUUCUUUUACCUUUUGUUAGGAGUUACGGAAUUUUACCUACUGGCUGCCAUGUCUUUUGACCGUUAUGUAGCAAUCUGCAAACCUCUACAUUACCCCAUUAUUAUGAACAGCAAAAUGUGCUACCAGCUGGUCCUCAGUUCAUGGACAGCUGGCUUUCUGAUUACCUUUCCACCCUUGAUCUUGGGACUGAAACUGAAAUUCUGUGCUUCCAGAGUAAUUGAUCAUUUCAUAUGUGACACUUCGCCUGUGCUGCAGAUUUCUUGCACAGACACGCGUUUCCUAGAAUUGAUUUCAUUUGUCUCUGCUGUUGUAACACUCGUGGUCACAUUGCUGUUAGUGAUUCUUUCCUACACUUAUAUUAUCAAGACAAUUCUAAAAAUCCCCUCUGCUCAGAAAAGAACAAGGGCUUUUUCUACCUGUUCUUCUCAUUUGAUCGUAGUCUCCCUUACUUAUGGGAGCUGUAUCUUCAUUUACAUGAAGCCAUCAGCAAAGGAAAGAGUGACUUUAUCCAAAGGUGUAGCUGUUAUCUACACCUCAGUUGCUCCUUUAUUAAACCCUUGCAUUUAUACUCUAAGGAACCAGCAAGUGAAACAAGCCUUCAAGGAUAUACUCCUAAAGAUUUCUUUUUUCAAA